AUGACCAAAGAGUGGUUCGAUGCUGCUAUACAGUCGCAAGAAAGUACGGUACAGGCGCGACGGUUACUGCUGGAAGAAGCGGAAAGACGGAAAAACAACCCGGGAAGAUCAUAUGAAAUUAAAAGUUCAGGGAACAGAGUUUAUGCAUCAAAGCAAGUCACAGAGUCGGUUAACGCUCUGCUUCCAGAAGAUGGACGAUUAAAUUUUACGCAACUAGCAAUCAAGUACGGCCAUCCGGCGAUUGAAUAUGAGGUUAUAACAGAGGAUGGUUACAUCCUCAAAUUAUUUCACAUUCCUGGAACUAAAGGGAGACCAGUUUUACUUAUGCAUGGAAUUGCAGACUCAGCAGAUACGUGGAUUAUCAGAGGAAAUUUAUCUCUAGCCGUGAGUCUAGCUAAUUCAGGCUACGAUCUUUGGAUUGGCAAUAUUAGAGGUAAUAGAUAUUCACGACAUCACGUCAGCCUCAAUCCCGACGAAGACGACGCUUUUUGGAAUUUUAGUUUCCAUGAGAAUGGCUUUUAUGAUUUACCUGCAAUAAUAGAUACCAUUCUCAACAAAACUGGUGCUGACAUGUUGAACGCUAUCGCACAUUCACAAGGUAAUACAUUAUUUUACGUAUUGUGUUCAACAAGACCAGAGUACAACUCGAAGAUUAAUGUAAUGAUGGCAUUGGCACCUAUAUGUUACCUACAAAAUGUUCCACCACCUCUUUCAAUUUUGAUACAACUUUCACCAUCGUUGUAUAAAUUAUUAAGUGAUUUUGAUAUAAAUGAGAUCGGUAAUCAUAAUUCACUAUUGAAUACGUUUGAGAAAAUAAUUUGCACUAGACCAAAAAUAGGUUACGCAAUAUGCAUUGAAAGUAUAGUGUUUCCCAUUAUUGGUUAUGACAAUGAAGAGCUUAAACCUGACUUCGUUCCUGUGCUCGUCGGUCACUUUCCUACAAGUGCUUCUACGAAGGGUCUUUAUCAUUUCGCUCAAGUAGGAUUGCGAAAGACUUUCGCGCAGUUUGACUAUGGUAAUGCAGGAAAUCUUGAGAAGUAUAAUUCUACUUUACCUCCAGUGUAUGAUUUGAAUCUUGUUACAACAAAGAUAGUGUUAUAUGUUGGUUUAAAUGAUUGUAUCUCCACUAUAGCUGAUGUUGCCAUUCUCCGGUCACAACUUCGAAAUGUAGUACGUUAUAUAGUAAGCCCCAGACUGGAAUGUAAUCAUCUUGAUCAUGUUUGGGGUGAACAUAUGAAUAAUUAUUUGUUUCCAUACAUAUAUGAUGUUUUGAAAUCAUACAAAUAA